AUGGAGGGAGACCCCCGCGCAUCCCGCGGCCGGUCCCACAGCUCCGAGCGCCCACGGAGCAAGCACAGAGCGCCCUCGCCGCUCCCGAGGCCGCUCCCAGGGCCGCGCUUUGGUGACUUGUCGGAGGAGAGAAGGCCCGGCCACCCAGAGCCUCCUGGCGGCAGAGGCCCGUCCCCUCCCCGGGGGGCAGGUGCUCCCUGGAUGCCUGCAGUCCAGCAGCGGGCCCCGGCCCUGGCCCCCGAGGCCGCUCGGAGGCCUGCAGAAGGCCGCCUGGCAGCCUCUCCGGACAGGCCCCUGGGGGCACCCCAGGGCAGAGGGGAGCACCCCCCGCUGGGGGCCCAGGGCCAGGAGCAGCCCUCAGCCGGGAGCACCCAGAGGCCUCGCCCGGCCUCCGCCAGGGAGCAAAGCCCACGGCCUCUCUGCCCAGAAGGAACCGCGGGAAGGCUGGCCUCUCGUGGGGCCCAGAAGGGGAAGGAAAGAGGGGGCCGCAGCUCCCAGAGGCCUAAGCCUCCAUCGGAGGUGGCUUCGCACAACCCCGAGAAGAAGCGAAAGCGCAGACCCUCGGGGGAAACACAGUCUCACAAAUGUGAGCGGCGUCCGCACGGCUGCGAUGCAGGAGAGGGGCCCGGGGGCCCGCCGCGCAAGGUGCGGGAGAAGGUUGGGGACACCACCCAGACUCCAGCAGGGAAGGUCGGAACUCCUCCCCUGGGAAGGAAGCCAGGGGGUCCCCGGCCUGAGAUGGAGGAGGAAUUAGACCCGCCCGCCGCGUCCUUUGAGGCCUCCUUCACCCACCACCAGCCUCCAUCGCAGGAGGCUUCAGAACACCCGCUGAAAAGGCGAACGCACAAACACUCACGGAAAAGCCCAUCGGACAAAGACAAGCAGCGUCGACACGGCUCAGAUGCAGGAAGCGGGGCAGGUGUCCUGCCGCCCAAGGUGAGGGAGAAGGUUGGGGACACCCUCAAGACUCCAGAAGGGAAGGUCAAAACUCCUCACUUGGGAAGGAAGCCAGCGGUUCCCCGCCUUGAGGAAGAGGAGGAAUUCCAGCCACCCACCAUGUCUUUCCAGGCAGGAGUCACCUACGACCCGCGUCCAUCACAGGGGGCCUCGGACCACCCGACCCUCCCAUGGCUGGCAGGGGCCCCUGGGAUGUCUGGGGCCCCAUCCGAGGUGGCUUCAGAAAAUCCCAUGAAAAAGCGAAAGCGCAAACACUCUAGCCAAAGCCAAUCGCACAAAGACCAACAGCGUCUGCAAGGCUUAGAUGCAGGAGAGGGGCCCGGGGGCCUGCUGCCCAAGGCAUUCUCUGGGUCCAACAGGGCCAGGCGCCGCAAAAUGAUCACCAUGCUCCAGCAGUGUGUCCAGACCCUUCAGAACAAAGUCACCUUGCUCUCUCAAGAGAGAGGAGUCCCGUGUUCUCUCCUCCAACCCGCUGUGGAGAGUUGCACACCUGAGCAGCUGCCUCGCCUGGGGGAACACCAUGGAGCACCAGCUGCAGAGACAGAUCCCUUAGGGAAGAAGCACUGCGCCUUGGAGAAAGAAAGGCGGGAAGAACACACGUCGCAGCUGCAGCCCCAGGAGCAGGAGGCCCCAGAACUGGGCCUGCACAUCAGCGCCAACAGACCCCAGGACCCACCAGCAAACAUGGCUUUUUCCGACCCGUCUGAAAGAGGAGGAGGAGCAGCUGUCCAGGAAAAAGCCCUGCCGGCCCCAGCCCCCACAGCAGGCACCCGUGCUCCCUCUCACCCUGCCAGCGGCCACAGCUGUCGCCCCAUCCCUGGGAAGCAGGUGGUCAGCAGCCACAAGAAGCCUGUGAAGAAGAUUGCACCGCUGAUGGCCAAGUCCAUUAAAGAUUACAAGAUCAGGUGCUACCAACGAUGA